UAUUAACGUCGGGUCGUCGAGUAUCAAGCAGGCCACCGGAGGGGUUAACGUAAUUUUUUUUAUUUAUUGCCUUUUUUUCAAGUGGUCGUCGUAGAAUUUAGUACUGACUAAUUAAGACUGCUAAGAAAUGGGACAGGAAGUUUCACGCACCGAUUUCGAGUGGGUGUAUACGGAAGAACCACAUGCAUCACGCCGCAAGAUUAUCCUUGAAAAAUACCCGCAGAUAAAAAAACUUUAUGGCUGUGAUCCGAAGUUUAAAUGGGUAGCUGGCAGCAUGGUAAUGAUCCAAAUUCUAUCACUGUUCAUUGUCAAAGACUUUUCUUGGCCUCUUUUGAUAUUGACGGCAUACAUAUUCGGCGGAGUAAUUAAUCAUUCACUUAUGUUGGCCGUUCACGAAAUCUCCCACAAUUUGGCAUUUGGAUUUAGCCGGCCCAUGUACAAUAGGAUAUUGGGUUUCAUAUGUAAUUUACCCAUUGGUUUGCCUAUGUCAAUAUCUUUUCGGAAAUAUCAUUUGGAACAUCACAGAUACCAAGGAAAUGAAGUAGUUGAUACUGAUAUUCCCACAUUGGUGGAGGCCAAAUUAUUUAACACCACUUUUGGAAAAUUUAUUUGGGUAUGCUUGCAGCCAUUUUUCUAUAUCUUCCGCCCACUUAUCAUCAAUCCCAAGCCUCCAACACGUUUAGAGGUGGUCAACACAGUGAUACAGCUGACAUUUAAUUUCUUGGUGGUCUACUUCUUUGGCUGGAAGGCUAUGGCCUAUUUGGUGUUGGGCUCCAUACUGGCCAUGGGCUUACAUCCAGUGGCGGGACAUUUUAUAUCCGAGCACUAUAUGUUUGCCAAAGGAUUUGAGACAUAUUCGUAUUAUGGUCCCCUAAAUUGGAUCACAUUUAAUGUGGGCUACCACAAUGAACAUCACGAUUUCCCUGCUGUCCCUGGAUCACGCUUGCCAGAAGUUAAGAAAAUCGCCCCCGAAUUUUAUGAUACAAUGCCUCAGCACACCAGUUGGGUGCGCGUUUUAUACGAUUUUAUUAUGGAUCCUGCUGUGGGACCCUAUGCCAGGGUGAAAAGGCAUCAAACAGGGCUUAAGACAUAAGAUGCACCAGUUAUUGUUUUUCGUUUACUAGUUUCUUCUAUGUCACUAAAGAGCAAAGAAAAAAAAAGGAAUAAUCUCAAACUAUUGCACUAUCUAAAAUAUUAUAAAAAUAAUAAUAAUAAUAAUAAUUUCAUAUUUUGAUAAUAACAUGUUCCUACAAUUUAUUUGUAAUGUACUAAGGUUUAUAUGUAAAAGAAAACAAAACAACAAAAAAACCAAAAACAUGCAAAUCAUUGCAUUGAAUGUCAUUUAGAUGUUCAAUCGUACUGUGGCUUAUUUAGUUGCGUGUCAAUAGAACUCGGCACACUAACCGAAAUGGCUAUAGUUAAACUACUUGACUUUAAAACACAAUGUACCUCAAAGCUAAACAUGUUGUUUACUGUACUAUUUAUAUGUAUAGAUGUAUAUAAUGAUAUAAUGAAAAACAAAUUAACAAACAAAACAAAAAGAAAAAUCAAAAACAUUAAAACAAGCCUGGUAUUUUUGUCGAUAUUUCAUGUGAACUGCUGUCAACUCCCCCCUCCCAGUCCUUUGAGGGCUUUUAAAUGUAUUACAUAUUAAAAAUAAAUCAAAUGUUGUAAAAGAAAAAAAAACCUCUUAAUAUUUGAAGUCAAUUUCGUUUUGAAAAUCACAAUGAAAAUAAAAACAAAACAAAAAACAUUUAGCACAUGCGACACUUGCCGCACGUAGUUGGGUUUUGUGUGUGCUAAUUGAAAAGAUAGCAAGGAGGGCAUAACGAACACUUCGUUUCGUUAUUCAGUGCUAACUAUA